AUGAAUCUUCUGCUCCUUACAGCUGCAGCGGCAGCCACGCUGUUCGGCCCUGUCAUUGCCGGACCGGUACACUCGUACAACGUCCUGACAACAAGUGGAACCAUUGUUGGUCACGAGGCGUCGAACAGGUCGUCUGUAACGGAGUAUCUGGGUAUCAGAUACGCAGCUGCGCCUGUGGACGAACUAAGAUUCGCCGCACCAAAGAAAUUUGUCGCGUCGAAAGGUACUGUCUUUGAAGCCUCUGAAUGGGUAAGCGUUCCAUACACUCUACAACAUUCCGCAGCACUAACAGCCUCAGUCGGCCCGCCAGUGAGCAGCUUUCCAAAUUUUACCGAGCCGUCUGGCUUGCGAGUAUGGAAGAACUUUGCGGCGCAGAACAGCAAUCCUACAUCCGAGGAUUGUUUGAAGCUGAACGUCUGGACUAAGAAUGCAGGCAAUGCGAAGGCCAAGAAGCCCGUGCUUGUGUUCAUACACGGAGGACGAUUCCAGAUCCCUGGCCCUCACAGUCCCUUUUACAACGGGCAAUAUUUGUCUGAUACCGAGGAUGUGGUCGUCGUCACUUUCAACUACCGUCUUGGAAUUUUUGGUUUCGCCGGUGCUCCGGGUGUCGAGGCCAAUGCUGCUCUCAAAGACCAUCGCGCUGCGGUCGAAUGGGUGCGGGACAACAUCGUAGGCUUCGGAGGCGACCCUUCACGUAUUGUUAUCUUCGGCCAAAGCGCCGGUGGUGCUUCUGUCGACUACUGGUCUUUCGCUUGGAAGAAAGACCCUAUUGUUUCUGGCCUCAUUCCUAUGUCAGGGACUUCCUUGAGCUUCCUGCCGAACACUCCGGAAUAUGCGCAGACAAUAUGGUAUAACGUGUCUCAGACAGUAGGCUGCGGUGGUCCUAACGAUAACUCCGCCAACGUACUCUCUUGCGUUCGCUCGAAGAAUACCUCAGUCAUUCUGGCUGCCGCCGCCAAGGUUCCCGCACUCCCCUCUCUAGCCACUUUGCAGGCGACAUUUCACCCGACUGUCGACAAUGUCACCGUCUUCGCUGAUUACGAGCAGCUGUCUGCCUCCGGUAGUUUUGCAAAGAUUCCCCUCCUAGCCGGUAACAACGACCAAGAAGAUGGAUGGUACCGACUGUCUGGAUGGGCUUCAAAGCUUAAUUUCACCAACGCUCAAUGGGACCUGUUUUCUCAGCGUGCCUUCAACUGUCCCAAUGCUUACUCAACCAAGUAUAGGGUGCAGUAUGGUGUUCCAACCUGGCGUUACAGGUACCAUGGUGACUUCGACAACGUUAGGUUGUAUAACAGCACUGCAGGCCUUUCGCCCAGAGGUAGCGGCGCCUACCAUGGAGUUGAUCUGAACAGUGUCUUUGGAACCGCAGAGGACGUUUCUGGCCUCGAGAAUUCGCCUGCCCAAGACGCUACAAUUAAGUAUGUGAUGGGUGCAUGGGGUGCGUUUGCGACGGACUCAAAGAACGGUCUGACGAAGUACGGCUGGCCUGCAUACAGUACGAACGGCAAGACACUCGUUCGUCUGGCAUACAACAACAGUGCGAAGCCGGAUUUUAUCGAGCCGAUCACAUACGACGCAGUGUGUCCCGCGAAGAACGAUCCGCUACCUGGUCGAGGUGCUUUCUAGGCCUCUUUCUGCCAUUUGUUGGUGCUGGACAGGCAGGUGCAAUCCCAAGUCUCAGGGCCUUGUAGUGAAUCAAUAUUUCUCCAACC